AAUUAAGUCAGACCAACUCAUGUGUCAGCUUGAGUCCUCACUCCCUGCACUCCCUGCACUCCCAUCGCAUCACUGCAGUCACCAGUGCUUGUGAGUGUUAGUGUGUGUUGCUGUGUUCCCCGAUCUGGAACUGAGUUGGACUUCUAACCAUUCACCGCUAAGGCCAUAGUGCAGAGCCAGGAGAAUACCCAGGUAACCCCACAGCCAUGACGAACUCAGCGACUAACUUGCGGCUGAAGCUGCCCAUAGCCUGCAUCAUCCUGGAGGUGAUCAUCAUCAUCCUCUUCGGCACUCUGGUCCAGUACGACGAUGAGACAGACGCCAAGCUCUGGCACAAGGAAAUCGCCAAUGGCUCCUCCAACUACGACAACAACUUUUACUACCGCUACCCCAGCUUUCAGGAUGUGCACGUGAUGAUCUUCAUUGGCUUUGGUUUCCUCAUGACGUUCCUUCAACGUUACGGCUUUAGCAGUGUGGGCUUCAACUUCCUCAUCGCAGCCUUCGCUCUGCAGUGGGCCACUCUCAUGCAGGGCUUCGUCCAUGGCAUGCACGGGGGCAAGAUCCAUGUCGGAAUAGAGAGUAUGAUCAACGCUGACUUCUGCACAGGUUCAGUGCUCAUCUCGUUCGGGGCGGUCCUGGGGAAGACCAGUCCAGUCCAGCUGCUGGUCAUGUCUGUGAUUGAAGUCACCCUGUUUGCAAUCAAUGAGUUCAUUGUGCUUUCUGUUCUGGGGGCCAAGGAUGCUGGUGGCUCCAUGACCAUCCACACCUUUGGAGCUUACUUUGGCCUGAUGGUUGCUCGUGUUCUCUACCGCCCCAACCUGGACAAGAGCAAACACAAGAACUGCUCUGUCUACCACUCUGACCUCUUCGCAAUGAUUGGCACCAUCUACCUGUGGAUGUUCUGGCCAAGCUUCAACUCUGCUGUGACGGCCCACGGAGACGACCAGCACCGCACGGCUAUGAACACCUACUACUCUCUGGCUGCCUGCACCCUGGCCACCUAUGGCCUAUCUGCCGUUGUGGCUCAUGAUGGCAAGCUCGAUAUGGUGCACAUCCAGAACGCUGCCCUUGCCGGUGGGGUUGCCGUGGGAACUGCUGGUGAAAUGAUGCUCACUCCUUUCGGCUCCAUGAUUGUGGGCUUCCUGGCUGGAACCGUCUCUGUGCUGGGCUUCAAGUUCCUCUCGCCUAUCCUGGAACAAAAGCUGAAGAUACAGGACACGUGUGGCGUCCACAACCUGCACGGCAUGCCUGGAGUCCUGGGAGCCAUCGUUGGUGCAGUUACUGCUGCUCUGGCAACCAAGGACGUCUAUGGAGAUGGGAUGGCUGAUGUGUUCCCUGACAUCCACUCCGGUGAUGUGGAGGCCUCGUUCCAGGGCGUACGACAGGCCAUCUCCCUGGCCGUAACCCUGGGCAUCGCCCUCCUGGGCGGUCUUAUCACCGGUUUUAUUCUGAAGCUGCCAAUUUAUGGUGCUCCUCCUGACACCAUCUGCUUUGAGGAUGGCAUCUACUGGGAGCUGCCUGGUGAGGAGGGCUCACAAGAGGAGUUGACCACUGUCAGGACACCAGACGAGGCAGAAAAGCUCAAUGCAUAAACACAUACACAUACACACACACACACACACACACACACACACACACACACACACACACACACACACACACACACACAUAGUGGAUUGCACAACCAGGAUGUGGCAGCACAUGGUGCUUGUGUAUGUCUGCCAUUUUUCAAUGUGCCAAUACCAUAUCUGAUUCACUAGUAUGGUGGAAGUGUGUGUUCAAACACUCCAGACCAUCAGCAUAAGUGCCUUUCACUCUCAGAAGUAAACAAUCUCAAGGUAACCCAUAAUGUGUUUAUACCAGACAGAAGCAUGCUAUCCUCCAAGCAGCAUGGGCUGUCCAUUGCAAUAUACCUCCUACCAACUGCCUUAUGUUAUGGUUCUAGAUUAUGCUAUGAAGCUACAGUAUAUGACAGAGGUAUAAACUUGAAUCAUGGUCUGAGAAUUUGGAUACGACUAGUGAAACCUGUUUGAUGAUACAAAAACAAUGGAUUAAGCAACUUUUUAAGUGAGUGUUUUUGAGAUAUUUUUGGCUUCUCCACUCUUCUAAGAGAUGUUACAUGCACCAAUGUUAAGGGAAUUACACUUUUAGCCACUUUUAAUCGUCUGAUUGACUAAGGGAAAGACAAAUUCGCAGUAGGCCUAUGUGUUGUAAAUUCAAUAUAAAACCAAAGAAAAUUGUACCUCGCAUGUCAUUAAUGUAAAUCGCGGAUGUUUUCAUGAAUAGUGAAUAGUCAAUCACUUUUAUAGGUGCAUGUCCAUCACUAAAAAUGAAAAGGAUUCCAAACUAAAGCUAUGCAUAGAUAGUUAAAGUAGAGUUUUGACUAUUGAAUAUUCUCUCUGGGUCGGGAUUCUCCUUUUGUUCCAUUUCUAUACUAUGAAAUGUAUUGGGUCUAGAGUAGAGUUGCUAUUGUACAAGUAUGUACAGUUGUGUAUUGUACAUAAAUGUUGAGACAACAUAAAAUGUGAUAUAAUUGAAACGACUAGCUUCACCACUACAGACAAACAAACCAUUGAAUCAAAUGGAUUAUUUGCUACAGGGAAGGAAAUGGUGCCCAGACUUUGUUAUACUGGAUUGCUGUGAAUUUAAAAUGAUAAUUGAAUAAUACCUGUAGCACAUUUUGGCAGAAAUAAAUCUUUCAAAUGUGAUAUAAA